AAAGCGGAUAAAAAGCGUUUAAAAGCGGAUUAAAAGCGGAUAAAUCAACGCGCAGCGGCGGAAGAUGGCUCUGGGGGACUGUUGGAAGCAGCUGUCCUGGUUUUAUUACCAGUAUUUGCUUGUGACGGCGCUGUACAUGCUGGAGCCGUGGGAGAGAACCGUCUUCAACUCGUUGCUGAUUUCCGUGGCAGCGAUGGCCGUUUACACGGGAUACGUGUUCAUGCCUCAGCACAUCAUGGCCAUCCUGCACUACUUUGAGGUCGUCCAAUGACGCGCUCCCGUUCACCUCUGCCUCGCCCAGUCCUGCCUCACGCCUGCGCCUCAUUGGUCCGUCCGUCUGUCCAUCACCACUCUUCAGCCAAUAGGAAGACUUAAGGCUCUGUGAAAACCAAAAGUUAAAAUAAUCUUGAACUAUAACCCCUGGUUUUGAGCGGCUUGUGCACAGACGAGGAGGUGUGUCU